AGAGCCCUUAUCCAUACUCAAUACACUCCAGAAUUCCCUUCAGCUUGCAAUUUCUCCUUUGUUCUUAAACAAUCCCUUUACAUAAAAACUCAAUUAAAAAUAAAGAAAGCUUUUGUCAACUAUCAUUUAAUGGAUUGAUUUCGCAGACGAUGCUUUUCAUUUUCUGAUUUUGGAAUUUCCAGAUCGAAAUACUUCCGCCCAGUCUUGAUUCGCACAAAUAGGUGUGGAAUUUUUAGAGAGAAUAUGUCCAAAUACCAAGCAGACGAUGCCGAAUACAUGGCGGAUGAAUAUGAAAUGGAAAAUGUUGAUGAUGAGUUUCGUGGUAGAGAAAUGGGUGGCUCAGAAUCUGAUGCUGAUGAAUAUGACCACUUGAAUAGUAAGCUAGCCGAUACUACUGCUGCUCAAGCUAGGAAAGGAAAAGACAUCCAGGGGAUCCCUUGGAAUAGGCUUAGCAUCACUAGAGAGAAAUACCGGCAAACUAGGCUAGAACAAUACAAGAACUAUGAAAACAUCCCUCAUUCCGGAGAGGGGUCAGGAAAGGAUUGCCAAGUUACCAAGAAAGGAGGCACAUACUAUGAGUUCAGACGGAAUUCGAGAUCUGUGAAGUCAACCAUUCUUCAUUUUCAGUUGAGGAACUUGGUUUGGGCUACCUCAAAGCAUGAUGUCUACCUUAUGUCUGAUUUUUCUGUCAUCCAUUGGUCCUCCUUAACCUGUAGCAAAUCUGAAAUUCUCAAUGUCUCAGGGCAUGUUGCACCAUCAGAGAAACAUCCCGGGAGUCUGUUGGAGGGAUUUACUCAGACUCAAGUGAGUACUCUUGCUGUAAAAGAUAAGUUGCUUGUUGCCGGAGGGUUCCAAGGAGAACUUAUUUGCAAGCAUCUAGAUCGGCCUGGAGUUAGUUUUUGUUCCAGGACGACUCGUGAUGAUAAUGCCAUCACCAAUGCUGUUGAGAUCUACGUCAGCUCCAGUGGUGCAGUUCGCUUCACGGCUUCAAAUAAUGACUGUGGAGUUAGAGACUUUGAUAUGGAGAAAUUUCAGCUUACUAACCACUUCCUAUUUCCUUGGCCAGUGAAUCAUACUUCUCUAAGUCCUGAUGGUAAACUCCUUAUAAUUGUUGGAGACAACCCAGAUGGUAUGAUGGUGGACUCCCAAACUGGAAAGACAGUUAUGCCCUUGUGUGGGCACUUAGAUUUCUCAUUUGCAUCAGCGUGGCACCCUGAUGGUGUCACUUUUGCUACUGGAAACCAGGACAAAACCUGCCGGGUUUGGGAUGUCCGAAAUCUAUCCAAGUCAGUAGCUGUUCUUAAGGGCAACCUUGGAGCCAUUCGGUCGAUCCGCUAUACUUCUGAUGGCCAGUAUAUGGCAAUGGCAGAACCCGCUGACUUCGUGCACGUGUAUGAUGUGAAAAAUGGGUAUGAGAAGGAACAGGAGAUUGAUUUCUUUGGAGAGAUAUCCGGCAUAUCAUUUAGUCCGGACACAGAGUCUCUUUUUAUCGGAGUGUGGGAUCGUAAAUAUGGUAGUCUCCUUGAUUAUGGCCGAUGCCGAAACUUGCAAUGACCAGAACCACCUGUUCAUUAAUAUGUAAACAGAAAACGAGAACAUGUUUUAUAUGCCGGUUCCUAAAGUUUCAGUGUUUCAAUCGCCCGAUUUUAAUUUACUCCCUCGGAUUUUAAAUUCAACUUUUAA